AUGGCUCUGCUCGAAAACACCGUAGUCACACCUUCAGCUGCUAUGGGUAUAAUAUCGCCUCGAGAUUUUGUUGAUGUCAUUUCCAUCAAACGCUAUGAGGAUGGCACAGUUUCAUCAAAUGCCACCAAUGUAAGCCAUCCAAACUGUCCUCCUCAACCUGGCUAUGUCAGAGGCUUCAACCAUCCGUGUGGCUGUUCUUGUGUUCCUGUUCCUGGGGAACCAGGCAAAACGCAGCUGUUUAGUUUUUUCCAGACGGAUCUUGGAGGUUUGCUUCCUCGUUCGGUUGUCGAUUCAUUUUUCCCCACAAGUAUGGUGGAGUUUUAUAGCAACCUGACCAAAGCCGUAAAAUCACUCAAAAUGUGA